AGCUAAUCACGCGCCUCCGUGGAAACCCCUCAAAACCCCCCUCUUUUCCUUUCUUUCACUUUCUCCCCUUUAGAAAAUUUUCCCGAGAAAAUCGCGAUGGCCUGCGCACUAAGCUCCCGAUUCGCUGCUCGUCUUCUCCGCCGCCACUUCCACUCUCACCACCACCAUCCUCCAAUCUUCUCCCUCUCCUCCAACUUCCCACCCUCGAUCUCCUCCGCCAUCCUCCAAUCUGAGCCGUCCAUCACCGCCUCCGACCUCCCUUUGGGCUUCCGCUUCUUCUCGAUCGCCCGGCGGCAACCUGUCCGCUCGAACCGGGUGGACAUCGGCGCCCGAGCGCGGCAGCUCCAGCAGCGCCGGCUCUGGACUUACGCCCUGACCUUUAGCUGCAUCGCGGGUUUCGUCGUGAUCGUGCUCAACAAUUUCCAGGACCAAUUGGUCUUCUAUGUGACCCCAACCGAUGCUCUCGCCAAAUACAACGCAAACCCUACCAAGAACAAGUUCCGGCUCGGUGGUCUGGUGCUCGAAGGCAGUGUCGCCCACCCGGCCAACUCCACCGAGAUGGAGUUCGUCAUCACCGACCUAAUCACCGACAUCUUGGUCCGAUACCAGGGCUCCUUGCCCGACUUGUUCCGUGAAGGCCAUUCGGUGGUGGUGGAAGGCUUUGUUAAGCCUAUUCCGGAGGAGAUCAAGAGAGAGGUGCCUCCUAAGAACGUUUCGGGCAAGGCGAGGAGCGGCGAGUGUUAUUUUGCGGCCACGGAGGUGCUGGCGAAGCAUGAUGAAAAGUAUAUGCCACAGGAGGUCGCGGCCGCGAUUGAGAAGAAUAAGAGGAAGAUUGAGGCUGGAGGGCAUGAGGAGGAGAUUGCUAAGAGCUAGAUCAAUGGGUAAUACCACAAUUUUGGUUUUAUAGAAUCAUAUAUUUAUAUAACUUGACAAUUAUACAAUUGUUUUGAACCACAUUUGGUGCCAGAAAAAUUCUUCGUUCUUUCUUGAAUUGAGGGAGGGAGAUAAUAGUUUACAGUUGAUUGAGGUUUUUAGGUUUCGAUUCUGUUGUAUUGCCAACAAUCUUCGUUGUCUGUAAUCAUCCCAUUGUUUUGCCCACAUGAAUAUGUGGGGUUGAUGCUCAAGUUAUGUGGAUUAUGAAUAAAAGCCUUAUGAUGGAUUUUAUCUGCAACCUUGCUUUUGACCUUUUUUCUG